GAGGGAGCUGCUCGCGCCGCCGUCGCCGCCGGCCCCAGUGCCGCCUCCGCAGCCCGCGCCGCCGCGAUGGCGGAGGACAGCGAGUCUGCGGCCAGCCAGCAGAGUCUGGAGCUCGACGACCAGGACACUUGCGGGAUAGACGGGGACAAUGAGGAGGAGACCGAGCACGCCAAGGGAAGUCCCAGAGGCGACUUGGGUGCCAAAAAGAAAAAGAAGAAACAGAAGAGAAAAAAGGAGAAACCGAAUUCUGGAGGCACCAAGUCAGAUUCUGCAUCUGAUUCCCAGGAGAUCAAGAUUCAACAGCCUUCAAAAAAUCCUGCCAUUCCAAUGCAGAAGUUGCAGGAUAUCCAGAGAGCAAUGGAGCUGUUAUCGGCGUGCCAGGGCCCCGCCAGGAACAUCGAUGAGGCUGCCAAACACAGAUACCAGUUUUGGGACACACAGCCGGUACCCAAACUAAAUGAAGUGAUAACGUCUCAUGGUGCAAUUGAAGCAGAUAAAGACAACGUGCGUCAAGAACCAUAUUCCUUGCCACAGGGUUUUAUGUGGGACACUUUAGAUCUGGGUAAUGCGGAAGUGCUCAAGGAGUUGUACACCUUGUUAAACGAGAAUUACGUGGAGGAUGACGACAACAUGUUCCGCUUUGACUAUUCGCCGGAGUUCCUGCUGUGGGCUCUGCGUCCCCCGGGCUGGCUUUUGCAGUGGCACUGUGGAGUCAGAGUGUCUUCAAACAAAAAACUGGUAGGAUUCAUAAGUGCCAUUCCAGCCAACAUUCGGAUUUAUGACAGUGUGAAGAAGAUGGUUGAAAUCAACUUUCUUUGUGUUCAUAAGAAAUUGAGAUCCAAACGGGUUGCCCCAGUGUUAAUUCGAGAAAUAACUAGAAGAGUGAACCUGGAAGGAAUUUUCCAGGCUGUUUAUACCGCUGGUGUGGUUCUCCCUAAGCCAGUGGCCACAUGCAGAUACUGGCAUCGAUCGCUAAACCCCAGAAAAUUGGUAGAAGUGAAAUUUUCUCACUUGAGUAGAAACAUGACUUUACAGAGAACAAUGAAGCUGUACAGACUUCCAGAUGUGACAAAGACUUCAGGCUUAAGACCAAUGGAACCAAGAGAUAUCAAAGCAGUUCGAGAAUUAACCAACAGUUACCUGAAGCGGUUUCAUCUUGCUCCAGUGAUGGAUGAAGAAGAAGUAGCCCACUGGUUCCUCCCCAAGGAGCACAUUAUUGACACAUUUGUAGUGGAGAACUCCAGUGGUAAACUUACUGACUUCCUGAGCUUCUACACACUCCCCUCCACAGUCAUGCACCACCCUGCUCACAAGAGCCUCAAAGCUGCCUACUCCUUCUACAACAUUCACACAGAGACGCCCCUGCUAGACCUCAUGAACGAUGCGCUCAUUAUAGCUAAAUUGAAAGGAUUUGAUGUAUUCAAUGCACUAGAUUUGAUGGAAAAUAAGACAUUCUUGGAAAAGCUCAAGUUUGGUAUAGGAGAUGGCAAUUUACAGUAUUACUUGUACAAUUGGAGGUGUCCAGGAACAGAUUCUGAAAAGGUUGGACUUGUAUUACAAUAGGUGAAUAUUUCCAUUUCUAGAACUCUGACACUCUGACACCAUCAUUUGUUAAUAUUCUACUUAAUGAUUCCUGGAACUUCUUUCCAAAGAAGAAUAAAAGCACAACCUCAGUGAAAUCGAUGUAGUCGGUAACAAUUGGAGAAGAUGAAAAAGCAUCCAUACAUAAGCAGUACUAUGUAUUUCCAACUAGAAUGUUAACAUUCUUCCUUUUUUUCCAUGGCUUGCCCAUUUGAAGGAGGGAUGAAAGGGUACAAAGAGCACAUUCCUUUAAUUUUCAAACUUUCAGCUGUCUCUUGAUGAAGAGAAGCUGUUUUUCCAUUCUCUAGAAAGAGACCCUUUUAAUAGUUGGAACAGAAGUCACAGACUCAUAUAAGAAAAUCUUUGCUAAGGUGUGGAGAUAAACUGCUGCAUUUCUUUUUAUCAAGUGGUGGUCUGUCUGUGUAACAGAAUAAAGGAUCCAUUUGAGAAAUUUGUCCUUGUAUCACCUUCCACGCUAUCAUUGGGAAGAGUUCUGAAAUCAGCACUUCCAUAACUCAGUGAUGAGUGGUGGAUGUUUACUUGUAGAGCAAGAUAAAAAUGUACUGGUGACUAGUACACUUAUUUCUCCAGAAGCAAAGUUCCCAAAUCAAUAGACACAUAAAUUUGUAUUUUAAUUUUCAACAUGUCAGUGGAUUAGUUCAGAAACAAAGUUUUGUGCAAACAUGAACUGUGUUCUCUGAAAGUAUGUGCACCGUAACUGAUUAGACUUCUGCUGCUGCACAAAUUCAUUUCCUCUCAGCCACGGCAAGGAUAGGUGAGAAAUGGAAGCGCUAAAGUCAAAGGAAAUGCCUAGUGGAUUUUAUUAGUGCUAUCAGGAUAUUGGUAGUUUGAAUGUUUUUAUUACUUAUGCAAAAUUGCACAUAUUCCUUUAUGCUGACUUUAAUUUAUCAUGAAAGCUGUCAUGCUAAUGGAAAAUGUCUUAUUUGUAAAUAAGUAUUCAUAAUUUUGUUACUGAUGGUGUUUUUAUCCAGAAUUGAAAAACCAAGUUUCACAGUGUACAUAUAUACAUAUAUUGUCAAUAGUCCAAGGGGGAAAAGAUGCUAAAUGAGGCCACAUAGACUGGCCUUGACUCAAAUAUCACAAAGUAGAUACUUCUUCCUGACUUCCCUCUUCCAGUGCCUAGGCUGUUUAAUCCAGAAAAAUGUAAUUGUUUCAGACAUUAUGCCUUUUCCUUCAUGUUAUGAAUAGUUAAGUAAAACCGGUCACGUCUUAUAACAGGCAAGAGCUAGCAAACUAAAUCCAGCUAGCAGCUAAAUCCAGCCCAUCACCUGUUUUGUGCAACCCACAAGCUAAGGAUGGCUUUUAGUUUUUGAGUUGUUGGGGGGAAAUAACAUUUUGUAACAUGUUAAAAUUGUAUGAAAUUCAAAUUUCAGCAUCCAUGAAUGAAUAAAGUUUUACUGGAACACAGCCACACUCCUUCAUUUAUCCACUGCCAGUGGCUGCUUCAUGCUACAAAAGGCAGAGUUGUUUCAAUUUAGACCAAAAGGCCUAACAUAUUUGCUGUCUGACCCUUACAAAAAAAUUUUGUUGAUCCUGAUUUACACUAAUAAGCCAAAAGCCACUUUCUGCAGCCUGCCAUUCAUUACCCUAAAAACCAACCCAAGGAUUGUGCUAUCCCUGAGGCUACCAGUAGAGGGCGCACAUGUACCAGUGCCACUUAGGACAGCACCAUGUACUUUCUUAGCUGGGAAAGACUCCUCUCAGGAUGAUUCAACCCAAUGGUAUAACUAUAUUUCUUAAUAGAAGAUGAAAACUUCAAGAAGGAAAACUGAACCAAUUCACUCAAACUUUUUAAAGAAACUAGCAUUAAAUGAAAUUUUAAUUUAAUCUGGAGUCAAGGCUCAGUUGGGAUUUAUGUUUAGUUUUUUAUGGAAGUCAUAUGAAGUAGGUUUUCAAGUAAUCGAAUUGCCAGUCAGAAAUCUUGUCACGAGCUUACCUCAUGAUGAAACUGUGGCAUUGUUCCUUUAUUCGUUUAUAAAAUCCCAAUUGUUAUAGAAGUCCUAUUUUUUUUCUCAUUUAAAAAUAGCAGUUGCCUCUGUAAUUUAAGGUUAUUAAUAAACAUUUUAAAAUAAUCAG